CAGUUCAGCACUGCCCUCGCAUCUGCAUCUGCGUCAUUUAUUUUACGAGAAAACAGGAUGCAGUUUAGUUUUUGAACUUGAUUAACUGUGUUUGCAUGCAGCAAGUGGUAAACUUUAAACUGUAGUUUGUUUGUUUUACUGUUGAAGAGAUGACGGGACUUCAUUUUCUGUACAAACUCACAAUCACUGCUGUUUUACUCUGCACUACACCAUCAGAGAUGACGGGACUUCAUUUUCUGUACAAACUCACAAUCACUGCUGUUUUACUCUGCACUACACCAUCAGGUGGGUAUGUGUGUCAGAUGAUUGCCGACUGCGUGUAUGACGACAACAUCACAGACAUGGUUUUCUUCGUGAAAAACGUAUUUAACCAGAAGAUUUACACCUUGUAUGACUCCCGGGUUGGGAAGUAUGUUGGCUAUGGAGAAGUGGGCAUAAGGAAUGCGGACCAUUAUAACAGCCAGGUUUGGAAAAUGCGGGAAAGAAGACAACAAGUGGAGACUCUUUGCAGAUACAAUGCGAGGUUGUUCAGAAAGAGCACAUUGGAUAGAAAAGUGCCUCCGAUUGUCAAGAUCCGUCAGACCAAGCCAGCUGCCUACGGGGAGCAGUCCAUGCUCGAGUGCAGUGCUCGGGGUUUUUUCCCUCAGGAUGUGACGGUGAGCUGGCUGAGAGACGGGGUGGAGGUCACCACCGAUGUGUCGUCAACAGAUGUCCUGGCCAACGGGGACUGGAGCUUCCAGCUUCAGUCUUACCUGGAGUUCACACCCCAACGAGGGGAGAGGGUGAGCUGCAGGGUGAACCACAGCAGCCUGCACGGGAGCCUGGAGGUGGACUGGGAUGCUGAUGCACUGGAUGCUAAGCACCUGAAGAAGAUGGUGGGAAUCAUCUUCUUCUUCAUCGGCUUCACUGCGGCUGCUGGUGGAGCAGUUUACUACUGGUGGAAACAGAGAUUUGACUUCAGCCCAUUAGGUAGACAAGGACAAACAUCUCCGAGACGUCUUUCAGAAUUAUAGAGCUUUUAUGAGAGGGCAGUCUUGGCACUAAAAUGAAAAAUACGAUUAAGCUCAGCUGAAUAAUUGGACUCUUAUUGGACUUUAUAAAAUAAAGUCCUACAGGUGACAAAAAAGAGAACAGUCCUUGUCAACAGGCUGCUGACCGACCUACAGCGGGAAGAGAAAACAGCAUCGUGGGAAGAUGACAACUGGCUUCUGGAUGUGGCCAUGUGACAAGUUGAUUAUCAUUUUUUGUCAACCAAGGACUUGACUGACAUAUUGCAUAUCAGUUUACCUGCAGAAUGACCCAAACAGGUGUUUUCUCUUUUGCUGCCCCCGUCAUAACUCGUUCGACACGUUACUGGCCCGGAGGUUGGAGAAGCGGCUUGCUAUCGGAGGGUUGCCGGUUCGAUUCCCCCACCAGAUGGGCAGGUGGCUGAUGAGCCCUUGAGCACGGCACUUAGCCCCCAAUUUGCUCCCCAGACGCCUGAUAGUUACAGCCCACUGCUCCUGUGUGUUUCACUGCAUGUAAUUUUUGCUGGGUGCUGCAUGUGUGUUCAACUAAGGAUGGGUUAAAUGUGACAUGUUUAAAAGUGAAAGUGUUUAGCAAGCUUAGCAUUCUCAGCAUUUAUUGUCCAAUACAAGUAGAUAAUGGAAAAAAAAUUGUAUUGUAUUACUAUUAUGCGUUUCAUGUUUGCGUGUGAUGAUGGGUGUGUGAAUACAGCGAUGGUUUUGUCAGUGACAUCCUUAUCAGAGUAUGAGGCUGUUUUCCUUAUUUCAGUGAAAUAAAAGGGCUUUCUCAGUUUGUAUCUGACAACAGUGAUACAGUGUGAUGUCUGAGCAUGUCUGGGCGAGACAAAAUAAACCGUUUCCACAGUU